ACCAUCCACACUGCAAGUCCAACCCAAAAGAUUUACCUUUUAAAAAUGUGGAAUCUAACGAAGUGCAUAAAACGAUCACUUUCCUCACCGGGCUUGAAAGUUAUGACAUCUACUACAUCUGCGAUAUCACGAGAACGAACUAAAACGAAUUGUCCUGUAGCUGUGGCGAAUGAUUUUUGACACAUUUCUGACAACAGUGUCUUGUCAACACUGUUCCAUCUUUGUUAAAGGGACUUUGAACUCUUGAGUUUCUGAAGGUUCACCAUGACUAACCUGUUUGCUAGGCUACACGUGACAGUUGUGAGGUUAAUGUUGCUAAUGCACUCACUUUUAAAGAUAUGGAGGUAGCGUUGACAUUAAUGUCAGUAUGGAGCUUGAACGCAUUUUUACCCUUCAAAGUUACCAGGAAAUCUGGAGGUCUUACGGAUAUGACAGUGAUUUGCCAGAGAUGAUUGAAAAGGAAUUCAGCCGAAUGAAAGGUAUCACUUACCUUGAUCAUGCAGGAACAACACUCUUCUCUGAAUCACAGAUUAAAGCCUUCUACCAAGAUCUCACAGGAAAUGUCUAUGGCAAUCCCCAUAGCCACAAUCUGAGCAGUCGACUGACACAUGAUACCGUGGAACAUGUCAGAUACAGGGUACUGGAGCACUUUAACACUAGUCCAGAGGAGUACACAGUCAUCUUCACCUCGGGCAGCACUGCAGCACUCAGGCUUGUGGCUGACUGCUUUCCCUGGAGGCCUGCCUGUGCCGGAGAGCCAGCGAGCCACUUUUGCUACUUGACCGACAACCACACUUCAGUGGUGGGCAUCCGAGGGGUGAGCGGCCGGCUCGGCGUGACCUCCCUCCCCGUUUCACCACACGAGGUGGAGGGCCGAGCCAGACAGCCGCCGCAGGCCACGAGUGCAAACGAGUGCCUGACCCCUCACCUCUUCUGUUACCCGGCUCAGAGCAACUUCUCAGGCAGGAAGUACCCUCUGAGCUAUGCGAGGGGCAUCCAGACGGGGGGCCUAUACCCGGCGUGCGAGCGGCCAGGUCGAUGGCUCGUCCUCCUGGAUGCCGCCGGCCUGGUGGGCUGCUCAGCCCUGGAUCUGCGGGAAUGCCCCGCCGAUUUUAUCCCCAUUUCCUUCUACAAGAUGUUCGGCUUCCCAACAGGAUUAGGCGCGCUGCUAGUGCGGAACGAGGCAGCGGCGCUCUUGCGGAAGGGUUACUUUGGCGGGGGCACGGCGGCAGCUUACCUCGCAGGAGAGGAUUAUUUUGUGCCCAAGUCAAGUGUGUCCAGCAGGUUUGAGGAUGGCACCAUCUCUUUUCUGGAUAUCAUUUCUGUCCAUCAUGGCUUUGAGGCUCUUCAGAGGUUAACAGGAGGCAUGGUCAAGAUCCAGCAGCAUACAUUCGGUCUGGCGCGCUACACCUACGUAAUGCUCUCCAGCCUGCUGCAUAGCAACGGCCGGCCGGUGGCCCACGUCUACUGCGCUAAUGAGUUCCAGGACUCGGCCUCCCAGGGAGCCAUCCUCAACUUCAACGUGCUGGACUGCCACGGACGAGUGGUCGGCUACUCUCAGGUGGACAGACUAGCCAGUCUCUUCAAUAUCCACGUACGCACGGGCUGUUUCUGUAACACAGGGGCAUGCCAGUUAUUUCUGGGCAUCAGUGAUCGGGAGGUGAAGGAGAAUUUGGAGGCCGGCCACAUCUGUGGAGACAAUAUUGACCUUGUGGACGGCCGACCAACUGGAUCAGUGCGCGUCUCUUUUGGAUACAUGUCAACGUUUGAAGACUGCCAGAAAUUCCUGAGUUUCAUUGUGAACUGCUUCACAGAUAAGCCGUUGAGAGUGGACAAGGAAAGGCUGGCUAGGCUAAAAUUAGCUGUCCCUGUUGAAAACACUGUGGGGCACUUCAAUUCCUCACCAUCUAAUGGACAGCUUGGUCACAAGGCAGACCAGAGGGAGACAGCUCCCUCUUUAAUCUCAAGCACAAAUGGAGGGGAGAUUAUGAUCCAAACGCCCAAGAGACGUGAAGAGAAAAAUAGCAUCCAGACAUUGACCAAUAUAUUUAUCUACCCCAUCAAGUCCUGUGCUGCAUUCGAGGUGAAGGAGUGGACCGUGGGGCCUCAGGGCCUGCUCUAUGACCGCAUGUGGAUGGUGGUGAACGAGCACGGCGUGUGCCUGAGCCAGAAGAGGGAGCCCACCCUGUGCCAGCUCCAGCCCAGCGUCUCCUUGGCCUCCAAUGCACUCCACAUCAAGGCCCCAGGGAUGAGCAGCAUCUCCGUGCCACUUGGGGACUUGAAGGAACAGAAGCACAGUCAGAAGAAGGCUUGUCAGAGUAAAGUGUGUGGUGACAGGGUGCAGACAGUAGAUUGUGGAGAUGAAGCUGCGUCCUGGUUCUCUGAGUUCCUUGGAAAGCCUUGUCGCCUGAUCAAACAAAACUCUGAGUUUAUUCGCAAGAUGAAAACGUCUUCAGAAAAUGUGGGGGACGGUCCCACUGCCUUAUCCUUAGUGAAUGAGGCCCAGUACCUACUCAUCAACAGAGACAGCCUGGCCAUGCUGCAGGAGAAAAUCGAUGGCAGACGGGACGACCCCAACAUCCCCCAGGCUAUCAGCAUGCAGCAGCUCAUCGCCCGCUUCCGUGCCAAUUUGGUUGUGUCGGCAACCAAUCCCUUCGAGGAAGAUGACUGGUCCAGUUUAACGAUGGGAAACAUCACAUUUCAGGUGGCAGGCAGAUGUGGUCGGUGCCAGAUGAUCGGCAUUGAUCAGGAAACCGGUGCGAGGAGCCAGGAACCUCUGAAGUCCCUCGCUGACUUUCGCCAGGGGAAGGUCACCUUUGGUAUUUAUUUACUCCAUCAGUCAAUGUCAAGCGCCGGUGCAAUCAGCACACUCUCCGUUGGGUCUCCCAUCACAUCCACAAAUAAGACAAUCAUGGAACCUCCUGAAUCUUAAUAGAAUCUCAUUUGGGCAUGGUACUGUAUGUGCUUGGCAGGUGUGGAGUUUAGCUGAACAAACUCUGUAGAGAUGAUGCUCAUGCAUUAUGGUUACUUUUGGCAACAAUGGCGCAGAUGUACAAAGCCAGCGCAAACACAGCCUCCUGUGUCAGUGCUCACAAACUGCAUGCUGUGCCUUACUAUAUACUGUAUGCGGAAUUUGCUGUCACUUCAUCAGGUAAACAACGCUCAGUACUGCCCGUCACCGCCCUCUAUUGUAAUUUGUGCUGCCCACAACUGAACGUUACGCAAUCACAAGUACAGUUGAAUUGGGUCAACCAAUGAUCAGAAAUCAAAAGUGAAUGCACUUUCGUCCAUGUUAGGUCUAUUUGUAGAUACAGUACGAUGUCAGGUUUUAAGAUGAAACAGAUGUUAUAACAUUGGUAUGGCCAGCCCCAUAUGUUUCCAAACUAUCCUAUUUCUGACCUUGCUGAUGUCUUGCCAAUCUUAAAUGUUUAUCUGAAUGUAUUAUGCAUUUACUGUGGAAAAAGCUGCCCCUGGAUUUUGGUGUCAUUCUGUCCAUGUGUUGUUUGAACUUGCCUUUUCAAAUGUGAUUGAAAUGUUCAACUGUGAGUGUAUGAGUCCACUGGGUUUAAAAUUAGCUUUACACUGAGUCACUGACUGCUGAAGAGAGUGCUGGGGUCCAUGGGUAAAAUUAGCGCCGUUAAAACCAAAGAUGCCACUGAAAGAGACAACCUAGUCCCUUGUUAUAUGGAGUAUUUUCUAGAUCAGUGGUUCUUAAACUUUUUGUCUGGCGACCUCCCAAAAAACACUGGCCAAGUCUUGAGACCUCUUUCUCUCCAACCACCGAAACUUUGGUUUUAUUUUGGAAAAUGUUGCAAGACUGGCAUCGGAGGCAGAGAAAAUGUCUUCUCUCAUCGGUAGGCUAUGUCAACAUCAAAGGCAUUAAUCUCCAUAGCAGCCUUUGGCAAUUUUAUUUGUUUUUUUCCAUAGGAUAGCAAACACUCAUCCAAUGAGUAACUGGCGCUCCUGUGGCUUGUGUGCAUGAACUAAGCCUCCACUUUUGGAGGAACAUUAUGGACUCACUGUGAAUUGUAAGCCUACAUCUAGGACUACUGUAGUCUGGCUAUCACCAUACUAAGCUCAAUCUUUUAAGAUUGAGCAUUAGUAUGGGGAGUCUGCGCUUUAUUUCUACUGCACGAGAGGCGUGCUCUCUCAGAGGAGGGUCGGGACUGUCGAGCACCAUUGGCAUCGUUCAGAUCAUGACUCCGUACGCUCGGAUAAUCCUUCAACCAAUCAGACCAACAAUCCAGUGCAUCUUUUAAAUGAGCUAGUUUGGGAUUGGAGCCAAAAGGUUCUGGCAGGGAACAGAGGAGAUAGAUGUGCAGGUUUCCAGCCUGUGCUGCCCGGGCAAAAUCAAAAAUUCACCCAGCCUAGGACUACUGAGUAUCCCAGUUUUUAAAUGUGUUGGUCUGAAAACGUUUUGAAAACAUUCUGCAAAUAAUUUUGUGACCCCCUCCAAAUGUUUGGUGACCCCCUCAGUUUCAGAACCACUGUUCUAGAUGACACUGCAGUAGAUGUUCUAAUUUUGCCUGAUUUUGCAGUAGACACUGAUUUACGUCUGUUAAGAAAUUGCUACUGGUUUGUUGUGAAAACACAUUUUCAUGAUUUUCACAAUUUUGAUUUUGCUUGAGUUUUAAUCUCCUAUAAGCUGUCUUUUGUUUCCUUUAGAAUUUUUUUUAUAAACUUUUUCUCCAUUUAAAAGCCUAAAUUGUUUUCCCUGUUUUCUUUUAAAAGCUGAUGAUUUUAUGUCUGUUUUAAUGUGCCUUUGUAAAAUGCUUUGUAACAUGGAUUGUGAAAAAAGCUC